AUGGCUGCCGCGCUCAUCAUGUUCAUUGCUAUUCAUUGGUUGCGGAGCUCAGUCGCUAUGAUUCAAGCUGUAAAACAACCGUUGCGAGGAGCUGGAAUGCUUCGAAUGAUGAUAACGACUUUAGUUUCGAUAGAGAUUUUCUGUAAAUGUCAACAAACAGCAACAAAACAUAAGCUGACUUCAUUCCGACAAGACAACACACCGACGUUCACAUUCACAGACAACGCUCACACAACCGCAGUGGGUAUCAAUGUCGAUGCGGAUGAUCUCCACUACGAAUCGGUGGAAUUGAAGGAAGCUGGCGCCUGCCCCACAUGGAGAAUUAUCUUUAAUAAACUUCAUCAAUGCCAGCAGAGUAGACAGAAGGCGAAUAUAUUGGCAUUUUUAGAUCGUCGACCGGCCUUCUUCGGGCUAGAUGAUGCUCUACCCUCUCGAAUCAAAGAAGCAUGGGAUCUUCCUCCAGUUCAUCCAUUCCAACGUCCACGAGUAGUGAUGUUGGAGGAUUCCAAACGUCAGACUGGAGUCCCAGUCUGGUUGAUGCAAUUCCUGGAAGCUCUGGUCAUCUUGCUUACGAUCUCUCCAGUGCUUGUUCAUUCAAUAAAGUGCUACGAAGGGAGUGAUGGUCAGUUGUCAGUGGUGGAAAAAGAAGAAACAGAUGAUGAUAGAUAUAUGUGCACGUAUCAGCCCAAACAUCCCUGUACCUUUGACGAGCCUGAUCAAUAUGGCAUAUACAGAUACGAUGAAUGGUUCGCAGGCCAUUGUUGGAAGUUAGAAGGAAUUUUCUGUUUCUGUGCGGAGGACCUAUGCAAUACAAACUACCAGUUACUGCUGGAACACUGGGAAGCUACUCAAAUUGUCAAUGAACCGUUAAGAAAAUGUGUGAGAGAACACAUACAGAACAAAACGAAUACACAAAACACUACAGAAGCUGGAAACACGGGGGGUACGAGUGCCUCCGGAUCGGAAUCCGAACCUCAGGGUUCUUCAACUGCUACUGGAGAUCAGAGUACCGGCAGCAGUGCUACGAGUCGUACAGCAGGAAGCGGAAGUACUGACGAUCCGGCAAACAAAAAUUCGGACGGCGACUCUCACGGAAAAAAGAAGGACAAAGACGACUACGACUGGACUCUUUUCAUAAUUCUGGCGAUAAUUGCGGCAAUACUGAUUUUCAUAGUCAUCCCAAUAUUACUCAUAAUGGUUAUUGCGAAGUAUUCGAAAGCGAAGAAUGCAUCAGGAAAGUCAGCAUCGAGUGGGAAGAAAAAUCCUAGCAGAAGUAGAGCAACCAAAAGCAAAUCAAGCAAAACUCUAGUCACCUUGCUAGCAAUCGUACCAUUGGUUGUGCAUACAUUGAAAUGCUAUGAAGGGAUUGAUGGAGAACAGUUGAGUGAGGUGGAAAAAGAAGAAACUGCUGACGAAAAAUAUAUGUGCAUGUAUGAGCCGAGAAAUCCUUGUUACUUUGAUGUACCGGAUGAAUAUAACAUCUACAAUUACGAUCCUUGGUAUGCAGAGCAUUGCUGGACGUUAGAGCGAGCUGUUUGUUUCUGUACGGAGGACCUAUGCAAUACAAACUACGAUAAACUGCUGGAAUACUGGGAAGCUACUCCCAACGAGAAUACAACGCUGCUACAUUGUGUGAGAAAACACUUACGGAAUAAAAUAUUACUCACUAAACCCAAUGAAUCCACUGAACCUAAUGGGAAUGGUGGAUCUACUACUGGAUCACCCGGAUCUGCUACUGGAUCACCCGGAUCUGGCACGUCUCCAGGAAGUGGAUCUUCAGAAAGUGGAUCUUCAGAAAAUGGUAGUGGAUCUUCGAAACCUGCACCUGAGGGCGUGGAGAGCUCCUCAUCGGAUUCUGGAACUCAGCGUACAGGAACAGGCGUCUCUACGACAGGGACAAACGAAGAUGGUGGUGGUUCGAAAGCUACUUCGACGGACACUUCGACGGAAAAAAGAAAAAAUACUGGUGAUCGAUCAAUCAAAGGCUCGGAAAACGAAAAUCACUUCAAUGGGAAGAAGGGAGACGACGAUUACGAUUGGACUCUUUUCAUAAUUCUGGCGAUAAUUGCAGCAAUACUGAUUUUUAUAGUCAUCCCAAUAUUACUCCUAAUGAUUAUUAGGAAGAAUUCAAAGGCAAAGAAAUCAUCGAGAAAAUCAGCAUCGAGCAAAAGAUUUAGCGAAGAGAGUGAUAAAAGCAAAUAA